AUGGAUGACUCAGGUAGGCUUUUUGAUCAGACAGUGGAAUAUGACUGGAAACCUGAAUUCUGUGGGAAAUGCUUAAAAAUUGAUCAUGAUUGUACAAAAGCUCGCAAGGAGGAGGUCAAACAAAUUCAGCAACCCAAAAGAAAUAGGCCACAACCUGUGAAGCAAGUGUGGAAGAAGUGUGAGUCAACAGUGAAUUAUACCAUUCUCAUUAUUGAGGAGACUACAAAGCCAUUUGAUGCAGCUAGAGGGCUUAGGCAAGGAGAUCCUAUAUCUCCAUUUCUCUUUGCCAUAGCAAUGGAGUAUCUGAGUAGGAGCCUAAAGACACUUAAGCAUGUUAAAAUUUUCCACUAUCAUCCUAUGUGUUCUAGAUUGGACCUAACUCAUUUGAGCUUUGCUGAUGACUUUCUUCUCUUCACAAGAGGAGAUACUACUUCUGUUGUCCUAUUGCACCAAAAGUUCAACCCUUUUCAGAAGUUUCUGGGCUUAAAAGCAAAUCUAGCAAAAAGCUCAAUAUAUUAUGAAGGAGUUAGCAAUGAAUUGAAGCAUGAGAUUCAACAAGCCCUAGGGUACAUUCAAGGAGUAUUGCCUUUCAAAUAUCUAGGCAUACCUCUUGAUACUAAGAAGCUAUCAAUAUUGCAAUGGCAACCUCUCAUUGACAAAAUUGUGAGCAGAAUUUCUUCAUGGACAACAAAGAAACUGUCUUAUGUAGGCAGAAUACAGAUAGUACAAACAGUAAUCUUUGGCAUUCAAGUUUAUUGGGCUCAAAUCUUCAUUAUACCUCCUAAAGUCAUUAAAGCAAUUGAAGUACACUGUAGAAGCUAUAUAUGGUCUGGGGUGAAUACAAUAACCAAAAAGUCUUUAGUAGCAUGGGAUAUGAUGUGUUUUCCAACAGCUGCUGGAGGGCUGAAGAUGAUUAACUUGGCCAUGUGGAAUAAGGCUGCUAUCACUAAGACCUGCUGGGAGUUGGAUAACAAGAAGGACAAGUUAUGGAUUAUAUGA